GACAGAAGGAAAUAAAACAGGUGGAUGAACUUGGUACAUUAAUUGUGAAUUAUUGGAAAUUUCUCUUACAAAAAUUUAGAUUAUGAUUGCAAUUUCUUUGUCUGUUAUUAAUGUAAUAUGUUACCUUAUCACAAAAUACCACCAGAGAUACUGCUGUUUUAUUUGUACAUUUAUAAAAAAUUUCCAUCAAGAGUCAAAACUAAACAUGACCUAAAAUAUUGUCUUUACAUCUACAGGGCUCUGCAUGUAGAAUGUAAUACAGACAGACAGACGAAAUCAUGUCUCACCAGGAUGUUCUCUGGAACCUCACAUGGCAUACAAGCCUCUGUUCCAAAGAGGAGGAAAUAUGGUGAAAACUUUGUUGUGUAUUGUUUUUUGGUUCUGAGUCCAAACAUCACAGCAUCCAAGUAGGUGUCCCAAGUGUCUGGUCGCUCGCUCACAAGUUUGCACAGUGCUCUGAAAAACAACAUUUUAUCAUUUGCUUGCUAAAUUAACUGAAAGAAGCUCCCAGCCACUGUGCCAAUGUGGACAAAUUUACCAAUCCAGUCUUGGGAGUUUUCGACCUAAAGAAAAUGAUAACCCAUUCAGUAAUUGAAGUCACAAAAAAGUGCGGGGUCACACAAAGGGGAUUCCACUGCAGCAGGCCAUUAACUCCAGGGGAGCAGAAGAUCACACCAGCAUAAGAUGAACAAUUUCCAACUUCACAGAGAAUAAUGGCAUCAACACUUGGAGAAGAAUGUAAGGGAGUCCAAUCUAUGUUUCUGUACAUGAUGGAAGACAUCUGUAUUUCACUAUCAGCACACAGGCCGUACUUUACCACAUUGUCAAAGAGGACAAAGUAUGUACUGGCAUAAUGUUCAUGCAGAAUGUAAAAAAAACCCACUUUUGAAUAAUUACAGUUAAAUUCUGAAAUUUUAAUUACCUUUAAAUUGUCCCAUUGAGCUUUUCUACUAGCCCAUUGGUCUGAGGAUGAUAGGGAGCACAAAGGCUGCGCUCAAUGUCCAGCAUUUUGCAAAUGUCCUUGUUCAACUGUUGGUCAAAAAUGAAUAAAUGCUUUAACAGAUAAACAUCAACAAGAAAUAACUGAUCACUAAAUUACUAACCAUUUUCAUAUUGCAUCAUACAUCGGUCCAUAACACUCAAAAGUAUUUAGCAACACACCUCAUUGACAAAUUCUUUCCCCUGGUCUGUCAGGAUUCGCUUAAGGGCCCCAAAGCGAUAAAAGAACUUCAAAAUGCAUUGUGCAACAUCUGCUGCUGUUUUAGACGGUAAAGGAUAGGCUUCAGACCAUUUUGUAAAAUAGUCAACCAUGACUGCAAUGUACUGGUUCCCAGCCUCUGUCUUAACCACCUUUCCUAUAAGGUCCAUCCCAACAAGCUCAAAUGGUUGACUCACCUGAAAAAGUAAAAGAAAACAGAGAAUAGCACUUUUGACCAGGGAUUAUAAAAUAUCCUUCUUGUAGUGUUUUGAUAUGUAUGUCACUUACUUCAAUUGGGAUGGGUUUUGUCUCCUGCUUAAUUGUCACUGCACUUUGCUGGUGUUGCACACAUUGAUUGAUCUAAAGAACCACAUUUUUUAAUAAAAUGUCAACCAUCAAAAAGCUGUUAUAAGCUAAAACAAUACAUUAAUGUAAUAGGAUUUUGAUGUGUUUUCUGUUUAUUCUGGAUUUAGAGAUUUCAUAAUUUCAUAAUUUGUUAUUUGUGUUUUGCCCAAAUUAUUCUUUGUCUUGAUUAAAUCAAGCUAUUUCUGUUUCUUUUUACUUUGCAUUUAUUUCAGUUAUUGUUAGUUGAGUUUGGAUUCGUGUUUCUUAUUUCCCUGUUAGUGUUAAUCCUCCUAGCUCCACUGUUUUAUCUCUUUCUCUCUCCCUCAGCUGUCUCCUCACACCUGCACCUUCUUUUCUAAGUAUCACUGGUCCAUUAUUUCAGCAUUCAACCUCCAGUUUUUAAGCAACUCUCCUUGAUUCACUUCUCACAUAAGCCUAGUUAUUCUCCAUGUGCUCCUUGUUCUCGCUGUCAUCUCCUUGUAUGAAAGUUCAUUAAACAUCCACCAAUUAACUACUCUCCACAUCCACCUAUUACAUUUGUGUUCAACACCAUCUACUAACUAGACAAUGACUUGUUGUAACAAUGUACACUGUAAACCCAGAUUUUGUUUGAACUCAAAGAGACUUAGUUCAUAUUACUUAAACAGGUCUAAUUUACUGACAUUACUUGUUUAUUUUGAUUAAGCUGAAUUUUUUAUGUCCUUUUUUAGUGUAAUUAUGUUUUUAAGUACAAUCAAUUGUUUUUACUUAAACACAUUGAAUUAGUAUUACUUAAAUAUAUGUAAUUUCUUUAUAUUAAUUAAUAUUUCUGAGUAAACUGCACUUUUUGAUGGCGUAGCUUAUUGUAAUUAUGUGUUUGAGCUCAAACAACUCAAUAUCAUCAAGUUUUGCCUUUCACGUCACCCACAUGCCCGCGAAAAAUCCAGUUUCGACCGGUUUUGAACGAGUGGAGCGGGAGGAGCUGGCAUUGAGGAGCUCUGAAGGUUUUAGGGACAGAACAGAGACAAAGAAUUCAGCGAUUUUGAUAUUUUCGGCAAGUGAAGUUUUAACAAACAAGUCAUUCGACGGACAUUUGAAGCAGUGAGUGAAAGAACCAAAUUCAGCCUCAAAACAAUGGCAGUGCAACAGAGAAUGCUUGUAAGAGUUAUCAUCACUGAAGCAGACAUACGGAAGCUUACAGUUUAAAGAUCCCAACUGCUCGACAGACCAUGGUGGAUGAAAUGAAAAAGAAAACCCCAAAUGGAGCCCUCAUCAAGCAGAAGAUGGAUCUGACAUUUGCUCUUCGAAGGAGUGAAGUUGUAAAGGACAAGCCUGCCAUCACACAGAUAUGUGAACGCUGGCCUGCUCUCUUUACUGAACAACAGGUGUGUCUGGAGUUCAGCAGGGUGGUUGGUAAGAGUCUGAAGCAGGAGUUCUACGAGGCCCUUGACCAUCAUAGUCCCAGGCUCAUGGAAAUCUUCAAGACAAAGAGGGACCUCACAGGGCAGGUGUUGGCUGACAUGAUGCAACAAACGAAGACUUUGAAUGUGACAGAAAUCAGAUGCCUUGUCCUCAGGGGGCUUCCUGUAAUUCUCGGCGAUGAUCCUUCCACCUUCUUCAAGGCCUGCGUUGACGUUGAUGAUGAGGGUUUAUACAAUGAUAUCCCUGUGGGGAUCCUCUACCAUGAACAGGAAUACAUCACUCCACAAAAGCAGUCCCUUCACCACAACGCAUCCUCGGUGGGAAUCAUCUUGGAGGGAAAAAUUGUGAUGGAUGCUGAGAGCCUUCCCCAGGCCGUGUACAUUGUCUUUGGACUUACCUAUGCACUCCAUCUCAACUACCCGAAGUACAUGAAGAACAGUUUUGAUUUUUUUCAACAGGUACUUCUGAAAUUGGGUAAGACAGAUCUGAAACCUAAACUUCAAACACUUAAGAAUCAGCUUGCAAUGUAAGAUCCAGGAUCUCUUCUCCACAAGUUUUUACAUGUCAGGUUUUUUUUUUUUUGAUCAAUUGGCAGUAAAAUUAUUUAUUUUCAACUGGCCGUAAAAGAAGAAAAAGGAAAUAAUAAAUCUGGCCAUUUGUUAAUUAAAAGUUUGAUAGAAGGGAAUGUAUAGAUGUAAGGAGAGAGGGCAGGACUGAAAAACAAUAUGUGUGGGAUAGAGAAAGCAAGGGGGGGUCACGAGGAGGGAAGGUAGAGGUGGGAAAGUGUGGGCUCUAGAUGGGGCAUCUACUGUUAGUUUUAUUUUUCAACAUUGUUCUGUAUCAUUCACUUUUUGUUAUCCUGAAAAAACAUUUUUUGUUAACUUCACAAAUGCCAAGAUGAUGGUGUGGGGUAGAGGCGGAGGGGAGAGUAUGGCUGUUAUCUGCUCUCUGUUGUUUUUUACCCUCCUGUUCUCUCCUUUUUCAGUCUCAACCCCUUUUUUGUUUUCUUCAUAGACAAAUUUGUUAUUUCGAAACGUUAAAAUGCCAGUUUUCAGUAGGGCUUCGGCUUAUCUUGCCUGUAUCUCUGCCAAAUUUGAAGAGGCACAGUAUGAUGUUGUAAUGAGUGGAAGUGAGUGAGCUUUGUGUGCCAAUACAUUAGACAAAUUUUUUUUUACAGAUCAGAAUAUGCUCACUAAAAGCCUUUUGGGCCAUGACUGUUUCUUUUGAUGCUAAAAAGAAAAUGUUCAAUAAAAACAAUUAUUCAAUAAAA